ACCGUACCUGCAAAAAAGCCAAAAGUCCCAUUCUCCUUCCUGCUUUUUGCUGGCGAAUCUUUGAUCUUUCACUUUCGAAUCUUCGCGUUUAGUGCUGAAAGAGGUGGAAAUCGACGAACAAUGGAGUCUUCGAACAUCGUAGAAGUCGAUGCCGACCCAGAUCUCAGUGGGGACGAGAGAGAUAAUAAGUCAGCCAACACUGCCAAAAUGUUUCUGCAUGUCGGUGGUAGGUUAGUGCAGAACGAAGGCCUUAAAUACGUUGAUGGGGAGUGCUAUGUUUGGAAUGUAGACCCAGAAAAAAUAACAGUGUGGGAGUUUUAUAGAAAGGUUGAGUUUUGUAAGUAUGAUCCUGAUAUGGUAGAUGGGAUAUGGUAUUUGCAACAUGGAAAAACCUUAGAAGAUGGCUUAGUGCGAAUUGUCAAUGAUGAUUCAGUGAGGGAGGUGCUGGAAAUUAUAAAGGUUGUCAAUGUUAUCCACGUUUAUAUACUUCAUGUCCCUGACUUUGCACAUGUAGAAGAAGAAGUGCUUCUUUUACCAGCUCCUGGUGAUGAUCAGAAGGAGGACAAUGACGAUGCAACUGACAAUGUUCAACCUAAUGUUACUGAGGAAAGUGUUGGUGCUGAUGGGGCUGCUGCUAACGUUACUGAGGAAGGUGUUGGUGUUAAAACUCAUGAUGGGGAUGCUGUAACUGAUGAUGGUGUCAGAGUUGAGUCUGAUGAUGAUGAGGAAGAUCAUAUUAUUGAUGUUCCUGAGUUAACAGACAAUGAAGAUGAAGAGACGCUGCAAGCUAGAAAGAACGUCAAGUUUUUCAACAACAUUGAGGACAGCAUUGAGAAAGACCUUGAACGACCAACAGUUGAUGUAAAGUAUUCUGAUGCACAUACUACAGGUUCUAGUGCUGGAGGACCAAGUGGACAACAUUUGGAUGAAGUUGAUGAGAUAGGGAGUGAUGAAGAAGAUAGCUAUCUCUCAACAUCUGAUGAUGAAGCGAGUGAAGCCAAACAUGGUAAAAGGAGACGAGCCACGCAUAAGGUUUACCAAGAGGCAGGAGAUGAUGAGACUCCUGACAUUAGAUUAGGAAUGAUGUUUACCAACAAGCAACAAUUUAGGGAUGCUAAGAACAAGCGAUGCAGCUCAACAGUAGCUGCAAAGCACUUGGUGAGGCACAGAGGGUUUACUGCCUUGUACAUGAGGAGAACUGACAUUUAUAAUGUCAUUAGGAAAGAGUUUAGUGUUGAGUUAUCUGACCAUCAAUUGAAAAAGGUGAAGGAAAAGAUUGGGAAGGCAUUUGAGGGUGAUUGCAAGAUGGAAUAUGCUGGCUGCAGGCGUGUUAUUGGUCUUGAUGGUGCCUUCCUUAAAGGAGCGUUCAAAGGAGUAUUGUUGGUUGCUAUUUCUAGGGAUGCAAACAACCAGAUGUAUCCACUUGCAUGGGCAGCCGUGGAAGGUGAAACCACAGAGACAUGGAUCUGGUUCCUUGAGGAGCUGCAAAAAGACAUGGUGAUUGGAUCAGGGAGUAAUUUCACAUUCAUUUCUGACCAACAGAAGGGCUUGAUACAUGCAAUUGAGGAUCUAUUUCCAGAUGCUGAGCAUAGAACAUGUGCUAGACACAAAUAUGCCAACUUUCGAAAGAAUAAUGGAGGCAAAGAAUUGAAGGUAGCAUUCUGGAGAUGUGUUAAGGCUAACACUAAACAUGACUUCAACAGGGCAUUAACUGAGUUAGGGCGUAUUAAACCAAGUUCAGUCCCUGCCAUCAUGAGCACACACCCUAGGUUUUGGUCAAAGGCUUUCUUCAAAGAAGAUAGUAAAUGCGAUGUUGUCGAUAACAUGUGUGAGGUUUUUAAUCGUUUAAUACUGGAAGUAAGGCACAAGGUCAUAUUCUCUAUGCUGGAAGACUUACGGGCAAUGUGUGGCUGGAGGACGGUGGCUAGGAGGGAAUAUGGUAACAGGAAAUUUGUUGGGAAUUUUGGUCGCAAAAUUUGGGCAAAACUUGUUCCUGCCCGAGAAGGUAGCAAGAGAUGCACACUUUUAUGGCCUGGUGGUGACGGGUAUGAAGUUGAUGAUAAUGGGGAGGCAACUUAUAUUGUAAAUGUGGAGAGAAAGACAUGCACUUGCAGAGUUUGGAAUAUGACUGGAAUACCAUGUAGGCAUGCAGUUACUGUGAUCAACCAUAAACAAGAGAAUGAUGAGGACUAUGUAGCACACUGGUACAGCAAGCACAUGUUCAUGGCAAGUUAUGAAUAUGAAGUCCCAGUCAUAGAAGGAAUUAACCAAUGGAAGGAAACUAAAAUGCCACCUAUGCAACCACCAAAUCCAAGAAAGAUGCCUGGCAGGCCAAAGAAGAAACGACAGCAAGAAGAAUGGGAGGGGAAAACAUCUGUUGGUAGAAAAGGGAGGUUGAUGACCUGUCAAAAAUGCUUCAAAAGGGGGCACAACUCAAGGUCAUGUAAAGGAGUUCCACCAAACAUUCAAGAACAAAAUGAGGAUCAAGCAACUCCCCAAGAAGAGCAGCCUCAAGGUGUUGAUGAAAACAUUGGAGCUAAUGUGGAAAACCCAAUGAGUCAAGUGGAGGAUCCUCUUAGUCAAGUUCUUAAUGAGACACCUACUCCAAAUAGAUUCAAGCAAACAGCAAAAAGAAAACAGGAGGUUUGUGAAGGAAGCUCAAAAAAUGCACAGCCACAGAAGAGGGCUAAAAAGGACUAUGCAACAACAACCACAGGCCCCUCCCAACCACAGGCCCCUCCCAAUCACAAGCAGCAACUACUUCAGUCGCCAAAGAUAAAGGGAAACAACCAAAGAAGCCACGACAGCCAAAGAAGAAACCCUGAAUGGCUGCAAAUGCAUCAAAGUGAGAUUGAUGAAGAUUGAUUUUUUGGUAUUUUGUUAGGUUGAAUGUACUGGGGUGAGCAUAUUUUGUGUGGGGUUGUCUUUUGUGUAUAACAAUUAUGGUUGGUUGGUAAAUGUAGUUAUUGGUCUAAUGUGCAGUCCAUUAUUGUAUUUUUUGCUUAGGUUUUAUUUGCAAAAUUUGCUUAGGUUUGUAUGUAUGAAACUGCAUUCAUGCAAUUGUUGUAAACACUGCAUGUUGGAAUGGUAUGCACUUUGUAUAAGUGCUUA